AUGGAGAACAUUGGGUUUCAAAUGAUCGUUGAUGAAAUUUUCACAAGGCUCCCUGCAAAAGCUAUUGGUCGUUUCAAAUGUGUUUCCAAAAAUUUUCAUAGGGAAUUAUCAAGUCAUGCAUUUGAGAUGAUGCAUUCUCACCGAAUUGGAAAUUCACUACAAAAGAAACUACUCUCCUUUAAAGACACGUCAAUUGUCGUUGACAACAUACUAGGUGGGAAUUUGGAUGUUGUUACAAGCAAAACCAUAAGUUUUCCUAACAAUGUCCAACCUACCUUCUUACGUAUUCUAUCGUCAUUUAAUGGGUUGUUGUUAGUUUGCAAUGAACAGAUUUGCUGUGAGCUGAUCCUGUGGAAUCCAACAACCAGGCGCUAUAAGUUUUUGUCCGAUGACUACUUUAAUAAUAGUCACGAUCAAAACUCUGAUACAGGUGAAAUGUAUUUUGAUGAAUCCAAUGAUCUGAAAGUGCUUCACAUCAGAUGUUACCGUAAUGUAGUUACUGCUCGUGUUUACUCACGUCGUCGUGAGUCAUGGAGAACAAUAAAUUUCUUAAGCGUAAAUAAUUAUGGUUCAAGCAAUUAUUCAUGGUCUCCCGGAAUUUAUUUCGGCAAAACCAUAUAUUUCAUGGUUUCAAAUUAUUGGUAUCCACCAGGUGAGAGGAACAUAUUUGCUUUCGAUGUUCUUCCUGAGACUUUUAGAAUACUUCGUUUUCCCGAGAGUAUGCAAGUCAAUCCUUGCCAAGGGCAUUUUUUGACCAUUGCAAAGAAGCCGCAUUUGAUUGUCGUUGGAAAGUCUGAUAAGCUAACUGCUAAUUUGCUCAAAUAUGAAGAAGAAGGCUGGAUCAAGGUGUUUGCUUUCAAUAAUCCUUGUGUAGUUGAUUAUGUAUAUAGGCGCCAAAGGACCAAUAUAAUUCAAAACAACAAGUGGCUGAUAACAAGCAUUGGGGGGGAUAUGGUUGAAGUUGAUCUGAUCAAUGAAGUUUUGAAAUACCUCCAACAUGUUGACAACUACAAUGGUCCGAAAGGAACAUUAUUUAUCGAGACUACUAUUUCACCUAUCGAUUAG